AUGAAAUACAUAGCCUUUUUUACCGUCCUCCUUUUUUACUUUUACAAUGAACAAGGGGAUCCCCCUGAAACGAUAUGCCCCCAUUCUGUUCUCUCAAAAAAUGAAGAUAUAAAAAAUAUUAUGUACAACUUUUCAUUAAGCAAGAAAAAACAAGCCAAUUCAAGGAUUUUGUAUGACUUGUUAAGAAAACGUCGUAAGGGAAGGAGACGAAGAGUACAAAAUCGAAAAGGAAGAAGAAGACAAAAUAAUAGGAGAGCCAGAAAAUUGAAAAAAAAAGAACAACGAAGAAAAAGAAAAGAAGAAAGGAAACGAAAAAGGGAAAGAAGAAGGCAAGAACGGAAGAGAAAAAGGAAAGAACGAAAAAGGAAAAAAAAAGAAAAAAGAGAGAGAAAAAAAGAAAGAAAAAGAGAAAAAAAGGAAAGAAAAAGGGAAGAAAAGGAAAGAAGAAGAGAAGAAAAAGAACGACAGCAACAAACAAGUGAACAUGUUGACUUACAAGAACACAUGAAUAAAAAUAAUGAUGAAAUUGCACAGGAAACUGGGAAUGAAGAACAAAAAUAUACCACAAGAAAAAACAAUUAUGAACAGGAUGAUGAUAUGGCAUUCCCUAAUAGAUACAUAACUGAAAAACCUGAUCAUGAUGAUACAACAAAUAACGAUAAAAGCUCAUUACAGAGUAUUAACAGAACAGCAAAUGAACCGUAUUACAACAAUAUUGAAAAUAAUGCAGGGAAAAGCAUAAGCUCUUCACUCAGCUCCUCCUAUAAUGACACAGAAGAUAACGAGAAAGUUAUUAAUAUAGAUAAAUUAAAACAUGAACCCAAAAAUGUAAUAGUUCAAAAGAUUAAGCGAGCGCUGCAAAUGUUACAGUAG